AUGAACAUCUCAGUCAGUGAUUACUGUUGUCUCCUUCGUUUCUACUGUCAGCUCGACCCAUUCGGCGUAUUAUUAUACCUAUUCUCGCUGUCUGGGGCCCUGGUCCUUCUGAAUGUGGUGCCUUGCUACGCAUUAGAUGGUCAGUGGAUCCUCAAGGCGCUACUCGAUCUCCUUCUACCGUCCUUCAUCUGUGGCCGCCAGUUUAAGCGCAUUCUCUUCUCCGGCAUUAUUGCUCUCGGAACCGGUCUUCUGUCUAUCAAUAUUGUCCUCGCCCUUUGGUAUUUGAUCUUGGAAACCAGCGUGACGUCUACCACAAGUGUCUCCAGCCGGACCGCCUCCCCAACGCCCCUGUAA